AUGGCGGCGCCGGGAAGAGCCGCCGGCGAGCCGCCGCGGCCGCAGCCGCAGAGCCGGGGAGCGACGGUGGUGGUGGCGGCGCGGGCCGCGCCCAGGGAGAUCCCCAGGGCGGCGGCCGCGUGGGCGCUGGCGCACGUCGCGCGGCACGGCGACACCGUCCUCCUCCUCGUCCUCAUGCCGCCGCCGCCGCCCGCCGUCGCCGGCAAAAGGCCCUGGGGCUUCCCGUUCUUCGCGGGGGGCUGCGCCACCGGCCACGGGGCGGCGCCGGUGCAGAGGUCGGACGUCUCCGAGCUGUGCACGCAGAUGAUGCUGAGGCUGCGCGACCUCUAUGACCCGACCAAGGUAGACGUGAAGGUGAGGAUCGUCCACACCACGCCCUCCGGCGGCGUGGUGGCCACCGAGUCGAAGCAAGCGCAGGCGAGCUGGGUCGUGCUGGACAGGGACCUGAAGCUUGAGGAGAGACACUGCAUGCAGGACCUCCAAUGCAACAUCGUCGUCAUGAGGCGCUCCCGGCCCAAAGUUGUCCGGCUCAACCUCGCGGAGAAACAGCCGGAGGAACCAGCUCAGGUGCCACCGCCGCCGCAGCCCGAGCCGAGCGCUUCGGAUGGUGCCGAAGUUGCAGGUGGUGUAGAAGAGGAGGAGACGGUCUCAAUCCGAGGCCCCGAGGUGACGCCGAGCUGCAGCACAGAGUCGGUAACACCGUGUGACAGUACUGACGUCGGGGUGUCGUCUGUGUCAAGCUCGGACCCUGGUGCUUCUCCAUUUUGUGGUUCUGAAACAGAUGCCUCUCUGAAGAAAGAAUUGACCGAGGAUAAUAUACAGCAUUUGCUUGUCAACAUAUCUGAUUCCGAGACGGAAACUUCAACCCCUCAUGCAGCAGCCUCAUUGCUUCAACCAUGGAUGGCUGACAUUCUGCAGAGACCUGUAUCCUCCAAAGUACUAACACCAAACCGACCUAGAGCUAGAAGAACUCCCACGGCGGACGCUUUGCUCGAGAAGAUCUCCAAGCUGGACCUGCUGACUGAGAUCAGCGCAGUUAGGAGCAGGUCUGACCUGAACUUCAGAGGAAACGUGAGAGACGUCGUCUCUCUGUCGAGGAGCGCGCCGCCCGGGCCUCCGCCUUUGUGCUCCGUAUGUCAGCACAAGACACCUGUGUUCGGGAAACCACCACGGUGGUUCAGCUAUGGGGAGCUAGAGUAUGCAACUGGUGGCUUCUCCAGAGCAAACUUCUUGGCUGAGGGUGGGUUUGGGUCCGUCCACAGAGGGGUGCUUCCUGAUGGCCAAGCAAUUGCUGUUAAGCAGUACAAACUUGCUAGCUCCCAAGGUGAUGUCGAGUUUUGCUCGGAGGUGGAGGUUCUGAGCUGUGCACAGCACCGGAAUGUUGUGAUGCUCAUUGGGUUUUGUGUCGAAGACAAGAGACGGUUGUUGGUUUACGAGUACAUUUGCAACAGAUCAUUGGAUACACAUCUUUAUGGUCGUAACAGAGAGACGUUGGGGUGGGCUGCCAGACAAAAGAUUGCAGUUGGAGCAGCCAGAGGGCUGCGGUACCUCCAUGAAGAAUGCAGGGUCGGUUGCAUAAUUCAUCGUGAUAUGAGACCAAACAACAUCCUUGUCACACAUGAUUUUGAGCCACUGGUCGGCGAUUUUGGCUUGGCUAGAUGGCAACCUGAUGGAGACAUGGGUGUCGAAACAAGAGUCAUCGGCACAUUCGGUUAUCUGGCACCUGAAUAUGCCCAGAGCGGGCAAAUAACUGAGAAGGCUGAUGUCUACUCAUUUGGGGUUGUUCUAGUGGAACUUGUCACUGGGCGCAAGGCUGUCGAUAUUAACAGACCGAAGGGCCAGCAGUUCCUAACUGAAUGGGCCCGGCCUCUACUGGAAGACCACGCACUUGACGACCUCAUCGACCCGCGCCUUGAGGACCGCUUCUGCGAAAACGAGGUCUACUGCAUGCUGCACGCGGCGAACCUGUGCAUAAGGCGCGACCCUCACUCGAGGCCGCGCAUGUCCCAUGUCCUCCGCAUACUGGAGGGCGACAUGGUGGAGUCCGGCUGCAUCUCCGCCACGAGCAGCGUCGCCGGGAGCAUGAGCCGGCGGAUGAUGAGUGACCGGCAGCACUAUCAGGAGCAGAGCAGCCCAGUUCAGCCGAAGGAUGUCAGCGAGGUGAACCGCUCUUAUGAGACCCUGAGGAGUGCCUGGGACUCAGACAGGCAAGAGCUGUCUGACAGGUUCUGGUAUCCUUCAGCUGCAGAUUGCAGCCGGCCAAGAUGAAACAUG